AUGCUCUCACGUGUUGCUGCAGUGCAGGCACCCCGCACACACAACCGUCGCUGCGUGACCGGAUCCAGCGGAAGGAGGAGGGAAGGAAGAGAGAGUGAGCGGCAGAGGCCCAACAUGUCCCGGCGUGUGUUUGCUUCCGCGGUGCUGCUUCUUCUCGUCGUGAUGAUGUGCUGCACUGGUGAAGCUGCUGUCGCCGGGGGCAGUAAAACAAGAGAUGCCAUUAAUCCAUUUACAGGGACGACAAGGAUAGAUGCUACUUGGAAGGACGUUGAGAUCAAUACCGAAAGUGCUUCGCUCCGCGUUCCCAGCCUUGUUGAGGUGCAGGGUCAUUUAUUUGCCGUUUCUGAGGCGCGGUGCGGGGAAAAGAACGGAGCCGGCAGCUGUCCUAGGAUUUUGUCAAAGCACCUGGAUAUAAGUGGUUACUCAAUGGAUAUUUCUACGUCAGAUGAAAGUUUGUUUUGCACACAAAUUGUGGGCACCGCCGCGAAUAAUUUUGGGACAACGGAAUUUUUGCGACCAACGACGCUUGUGCUUGGGGAGAGUGUUUAUAUGCUCCUGGGAAACUACAGCCAUACAAAGAAGCAGAUUCAAGGUAAGAAUGAGCCAACCCUUUUACUCGUGAAGGGAACUGUCACGGUGGAUGGUGGAAAGAAGAAACUUGUGUGGAAUGAGACCCAUGUGGUGAAGCCUCAACCCAAAGGAAAAUCUGGUUCCUUGACCGAGUUAAUUGGCGGUGGAGGAUCGGGUGCUGUGAUGCGCGACGGCACGCUUGUGUUUCCCAUGCAGGCCAAAGGCAACGAUGGAACGAGCUUUUUACUGUCCAUGAGUUUUGACCCGUCAGACAAAAAAUGGGAGCUUUCAUCCGAGACGCCUGGUAACGGCUGCAGGGAUCCAACCCUGGUGAAGUGGGAAAAAUACGAAUACGGCGAAAGACUCUUCAUGAUGGCUCAUUGUGCUGGAGGCUACUAUGACGUUUACAUGUCCACUCCGCAUGGAGUCAAUUGGAUUGAUCACUUCCAACCAAUUACCCGCGUGUGGGGCAACUCACACAAUCGAAAGGGGCACGGUGUCCAGAGUGGAUCCACCACCGCAAUCAUUGAGGGAAGGGAGGUGAUGCUCAUCACCGCGCCGGUGUAUGCGAAGGAGGAAAAUGGAAAAGGUCGGCUCCAUCUUUGGGUGACGGACAAUGCACGUGUGUAUGAUGUUGGGCUGGUAUCCCGUGAAAAUGAUGACGCCGCCGCCAGCUCGCUGUUGAUGAGGGAUAAUAAUAAGGAGUUGAUUUCACUGUACGAAAACAAGAGCGACGGAGCAUACAAUCUUGUUGCUGUGCGUCUGACCGAGAAACUGGUGCGGAUAAAGGAAGUGGUGAAGACAUGGAAGGAUUUGGACGGCGCCUUGCAAUCAUGCCGUUUCGUUUCCAGCGCCACUGUCGACCCGAGAAAAAAAGGUAUGUGCAAUGGUCGUGUUCCCACUGACGGGCUUGUUGGCUUCUUGUCUGGUAACUUCUCUGAGAACACAUGGAGAGACGAGUACCUCGGGGUGAAUGCAACAGUGACGAGUGGGGAGCCAAGGGUUCGCAAUGGAUGGACAUUCAAAGGACCCGGGGCAGGGGCGGUGUGGCCUGUUGGCGACAUGGGGCAGACUGUGCCGUACUACUUUGCGAACACCGAGUUCACUCUUGUGGCGACGGUGUCCAUCCACGAGGCGCCGAAGGAAGCUAGCAGCCCCAUCCCCUUGAUUGGCGUGAAGAUGAAUGACACCAGCAGCACGGUGCUUUUUGGUCUGUCGUACACCCAUGACAGGAAGUGGUUGGCCGUUUCUGAGGGUGAUGG